AUGGCUCCAGUCCAGAAAAUGUAUAAUGUAGUCUUCGUGUUAGGUCCUCCAGGCUCAGGCAAAGGAACUCAGUGCGUGAAGAUACACGAGAAUCUUGGUUUUAUGCAUUUAUCAGCCGGUGAUCUUUUGCGUGCCGAACGACAACGAAAAGGAUCACAGUUUGGAGAGUUGAUAGAAAAUCAUAUAAAGAACGGAACGAUUGUACCAGUCGAAAUCACCUGCAAGCUAUUAGAAAAUGCAAUGGAUGCAGCAGGUGACGCAAAAGGUUUUCUCAUCGAUGGAUUUCCCCGUAAUCAAAACAAUCUUGAAGGAUGGAAUCAACAGAUGAGCGGAAAAGCGGAUGUGAAGUUCGUACUGUUUCUCUCCUGUCCUGUGGAUAUAUGCAUCAAUCGGUGUUUGCACAGAGGUCAAGGACGUAGUGAUGACAAUGAGGAAUCAUUACGGAAGCGAAUCGAAACAUAUAACAAAGAAACACUCCCAAUAAUUCAACAUUACGAGAAGCUAGGUCUGGUAAAGGAAGUGCCCAGUGAUAAGAAUCCUGAUGAGGUUUACGCAGGAGUUGUAGAAGCAUUCAAAAGCGCUGGAUUCUAGCUAAACCUCGAAAGUCUCUAAAAUAACCGUUCUUGCAUAGGAGGAACAAAAGAUAGUCACAAUGUUUUUAUUAAUUCUAUGUAUCCGAAGAUAUGAACCGUGAAUAUCUCCGUCUAUAACAGCAAUAACCAAUAAAACAAUAAACUGAC